ACAAUUAAGCCAUCAUAAUCGAUAACAACGUGAUCGGCUCGACUUGAUAAUUCCUUUAACGGUCUGCCAACUUUCAAAGCUCUUAUGAACUUUUGUCGUCGUCUUGUCUCGCAGGAAUCAGGAUUAUUGACGAUCUUUGUACUCACAAGAUUUUACUAUGGGUGCAAGCAAAAGCAAAAGUUUCUCUCCUAAAAGAAGCACCGAGGUCAAACCAUCUAAGAGUAGCAACUUUUCUACGAAAGCUGAAAACUAUGACAAAACCGAGGUUUAUGUGGAGGAUGUAGUGUGCAAAGAAACUGACAUUCAAGAAAAUGAAAUGAAACUUUUACCCCUGGGAGAUGACGGAAAAAUUUUACUGAUAAAGCAGAAAGGAGAGUUGCAUGCUAUUGGAACUAAAUGCACUCACUAUGGAGCUCUCUUACAUACUGGUGCUUUAGGAGAAGGACGAGUCAGAUGUCCUUGGCAUGGUGCUUGUUUCAAUAUAAAGACAGGUGAUAUUGAAGAUUUUCCAGGAUUAGAUUCUUUGCCAUGUUACCAAGUGUCAGUAGAUAAAGGCCUUGUAAAAGUUAAAGCUAAACAAUCAGAAUUGUUAGGUAAUAAAAGAGUUAAAGGUAUGGUGAGGAAGAAUAAAUGUAACUCCGAAACCAUUGUUAUUGUGGGAGGUGGACCAGCAGGAGCAACAUGUGCUGAAACUUUGAGACAGGAAGGUUUUGAAGGGCGUAUUAUAUUGAUUUGCAAAGAAGGUGUAUUGCCUUAUGAUAGGGUUAAACUCUCAAAAGCAAUGGAUACUGAUGUACAAAAUAUACUACUGAGACCACAAUGUUUUUAUGAGCAAAAUAACAUUGAAACAGUUUUUGAUAUCGAAGCUGUAAAAUUAGAUUCAAAUAAGAAAACCGUUUAUUUGACCUGUAAUCAAGAAUACAAGUACUCAAAAAUAUUUUUAGCUACGGGCAGUCAGGCAAGAAGACCAGAUCUUCCUGGUGUCAAUUUGCAAAAUAUUUUUGUCUUAAAAGACUUCAAAGAUUCAAGUGGAAUUCAUAAAUUAUUGAAAGAAGAUGUUACAAAAAAAAAUCACAUAGUAGUUCUGGGAACAGGCUUUAUAGGGAUGGAAGCUGCUGCUUAUUGCGCUGAUAAAUGUGCCUCAGUAACUGUUAUUGGAAGAGAUUGUGUUCCAUUCAAGUCUGUUUUUGGGGAGGAAAUAGGAAUGAGAAUAAAAAAGGAAUUUCAAAAUAAAGGAGUAAAAUUCAUAGACAAUAAUUGUAUUCUUAAGUUUAUUCCAAGAGAAGAUGAUGAAAAACUUGUUGGUAAAGUACAAUUGAAAGAAGAUUUGUCUUUGAAAGCAGAUAUAGUGAUUCUUGGAAUAGGAUCAAAUUUAACCACAACAUGGUUGAAGGAUUCUGGUUUACAAAUGACAGACAAUUGUGCUUUGAUAGUGGAUGAGUAUUUAAAAACAAAUAUAGAUGAUGUAUAUGCUGGAGGAGAUAUUGCCUAUGCACCUGUUUAUUGCGCUAAAACCAAAGCAGCUAUUGGUCAUUAUGGACUUGCUCAUUAUCAUGGAAAAAUAGCAGCUAUGAAUAUGUGUGGAAAUCAAACCCCACUGCAAGCAGUUCCAUUUUUCUGGACAACUUUGUUUGGAAAGAGUUAUCGUUAUGCAGGAUUUGGAAUUCCUGACAAAGUGAAAAUAGUUGGGUCAUUAGAAGAAAUGAAAUUUUUUGCUUAUUACAUUAAAAAUUGCAAAGUUAUAGCAAUGAGCAGUGUGGGAAGAGAUCCAAUUGUGUCAGAUUUUGCUAAUUAUCUUUAUGAAGGCAAAACUUUGACAGAAGAUGAGGUGGAAAAAGAUCCUGUUGCAUGGAUUCGCAAUAAACCAAAAGAUCUUCAAACUAUGCCAAUAUCCACGUCGAUUUCAAGAUUUUCUCAACAACAGAAAUAUUACCACACUGUAACACCAUUAAACGUCUCAAGGAAUUGUUACAAUAGCAUUCAAUUUAAGCGAUGUACACACUUUAUUAGAAUUAUGAUCAAGUUACUAUAAUUUGUGAUGUUAAUUUUAUUAUUGCAUUGUUUUAAAGCUACCAAUGAAAAGUAUUUAUAUUAUUUUAAACUGAUUUUCUUAUAUGCUGCUGUUUGUUUGUUUCGUAUUAUGUUUUACCUGAUUGGAAAUAAAUAUAACUGCAAAAA